UGUUUCCUCGCCACAAUGGAUCGCCGCCAUGUUUGUUCUAUGCUAGUUCCAGUUGUUCGCCCCAGUUGUUGUUGUUACAUCGAAGCCCCAAACAUUCCACUCCCUUGUUUUGCGCGGUAGAAAUGGUGAAUUUCUAACAACUAAAUGUUAACCCCAGCGGUGUAGUCAGACUCGUAGCGGCGCGCUCAACGCAUCAUGUCGGCCAGCGAGCAGGAAUAUAACUUUGAUGAAUAUGACAAACCUGGAACUGAGCGUUCACGCAGGAGGAGAGGUGAAGAUGACGAUUUUGACAGUGACUUGGAAGAGGAUUUACUGGAGGAAGAUUCACCGUUGGGUAAAAAGAACCUUUCUGAAGAUGAAGAUGAGGAGCUGAAUGAUGCUCUUCUUCAAAGUGAUGAUGAGGAUCUUGUGAGUGGUCAGGAUGUGAGCCUCAAUGCCACGAACAGCUUGGAAACAUCAUUCAACCAGCAACAGAAUCUGCAGAAUGCAGACUACUCCGAUGACGUAGUCAACCUGGGCACAGAGGACUACGAGGCUGGGGAUGGGGAGCAGGGCUACCCGGAGGAGGGGGGUGAGGAGUACACAGAGGACUACAGCCAGGAUGAUGUGCAUGGAGAUCACGUGGAUUACACGGAAGACGUAGCUGAGGAUGAGUUCCAGGAUGAAGUGCUCGACAUCCAAAUCAAUGAGCCUAUAGAUGGUGACUUUCAAGACAAUGAAUACCAAACGUCUUAUGAUGAAGGGGAAGAGCAGGAAGUGGCCCCAGAGGAGGAGGAGUUAGGGGAUGAAGAACAGCAAGCGGCGGAAGGCUCUACGGCGGGCUCUCAGGUCUUUGAGACAAAUGUGGUUGAAAAUGAAGGUGUUCCUGAAGAAGAAACAAAGGAGGACUCGGAUGAUGAGGAGGAUGAAGACGAAGGGUCUGGUCGCAUCCGUUUCAAGUCAGAGAGAAAGGACAGUGGUGUUGUGCGGCUGGCUGAUACAUGCACAAAGAGGAGGAAUAUCCCCGAAACACUAGAGCUUUCCGAGAAGGCCAAAAAAGAUCUGAUAGAGUAUGAGCAACAAGAACGGCAGAGGCGGCAAAAUCGGUAUGGAGGCCGAGGAAGAGGAAACUUUUCUGGCUUUGGAAUGCACAAUUUGAGAGGAGGAAAUCGAGGAAGAAUGAAUGACCACAAGUUCCACCAGAGGGGCAACAUGGGCAUGCAGUCCUCUCGAAUGCCUCUCCUCCUCCUUCCCCAUCAACAGCCAUUGCACUCUCAGCACCUGCACCACCACCACCAACCUUCCCGCAUCAGAGGUCCUCCUCCAUUCCAAGAGCACGGACGGCCACACGGACAGCAACCCCUCCAGCCCCUUAUCCCACCUCACAUGACUCACCGAUCGCCACCUGUGCAGCCCCAGAUGGAGCUACCCUCACGACUGAUGGGCUCCCCGCCACCCGGUUUCCCGCAACAUCACAACCAGCAGCAGCCGCCGGCACAGACGCUUCCGCAGCUUCCUCAGCUGCAACAGCAGCAGCCGCCUCAACAACCCAAAAAUAUCCACAUUAACCCCCACUUUAGAGGCUCAGCACCAUCCUCUGUUCCAGUGCCCUUGAUGCCUCCUGCUCCGAGCCAACCCAGACCUACUGUGGGCCCUCAAAGGUUCCCCGGACCAGGGGACUUCCAUCAGCACAUGCCAAACAAUUUUGGUCAAAGCCAUCACAUGGAGCCCUUCAGGACCCAUCCUCAUCAAGGCCCCCAGGACAGAGAGCCCCUCUUUAUGGGAGGCCCAGAACAUGCUGAUCCAACACGCUUUGCAGGGCAGCACAUGUUUGAUCACCGGGGCCCCAGCCCGCUGUUGAACACCAACCUGCAUCAGCAGCAACACAUGCCCAGUCAGGGACACAUUGGCUUUGGCCCACCAGGGCCUGCCUUCAGCCAGCCAGGUCAGGGCCCGCCAGGACUGUUUCCUAGGGAACCGCUAAGACCGGGUCUCCCCCCUCCCCAAGGUCACCAGGGGAUGGUGGGCUUGAAUCAACCAGGUCCUCCUCCCAACCAGCCCAGGCCCUUCAUGAGCCCUCGUCAGCCGUUCGGUCAGCAGGGAAACCUUUUCCCCCCACCACAGGCCCAGUUUGGGUUGCAGGUACACCAAACGGGUUUGAUCCACGGACCCCCGCUCUCUCAGCCUCCCCAUCAGGACCCUUUGCCAUCUCAUCAGCCCAUCCACCAACAGCCUCAUCGGCAGGAGCUGCUCCAUCAUCAGCAGCCACAACAGCUAAAUCUCAAUGAGCCUCCACCCUUGAUGCAUCAUGGACAAAAUCUCUUCCAUCAACAGCACAGCAGUCCGAGACAAGGGAGCCCCCGCCUUCAAAACCUCCAGCAGCGCAACAUGCCCAACAGGCAAAGAAUGAACACACCUGUUUCCAAGCCAAUGCAUCCUCAGCGGAACAGCAACCUACGGGAGCUCCCUGUAGCACCUGGCAACACAAACAUGAACAGCUCCCGCCCCACCGGCUCCCUUGCCACCAACGUCAGGCCUGUUGCCAAGGCAACACAGGGGGUGCGUCCCAUGCAGUGCGCUCAGACCGUGCCUGGCAGUGGCAGAGGAAGAGGCCAGGUUGUUGCAAAGACUCCCUUACAGCCUGGGGCCAUGGGCAGGACUGUGGUUUGCAAAGAAGUCCCAAGCAGCACAGCACCACAGGACCCAGAUGAGGAUGAGGAGACCCGGCAGUACCGUAUGAAGCUUGAGGAGCAGAAACGCCUCAGGGAGGAGAUCCUAAAGAAGAAGGAGUUGAGGCGGCAGAUGCAAGCCGGGGUCCGGAAGAAGGAGCUCCUGGAUAGGAUCAACACCCAAACUCCAACCCAAAGUCUGGCUCCUUUACAGAAUCCACCAUCCCAACAAAACCAACCAGCAGCACCCUCAAUACAGCACCCAGCGGUACCACCACCGCAGCAGCCCCAGGAACAAAGACAGCUACCACAGCUGCAACAGCAGCGACAAAGAACACAGCAAUCAUUAAAUCAGAUAAAUAAUCAAGGCAAUCCCAAUGGCAUGGCUCCUAUGCAAACACCUCGCCCCAACGUCAAGGCACGCUUGCAGAUGGUAAAGGGAAAUAACCAGCAACCACAGACUCCCACCCUUGGUCCAGACCAGCAAUGGAGACAGCAACCUCGGAACCUACAGCAGCAGCAGCAGCAGAGAAGGACGAGUGGAUUGCAGAAUGCAAACAAACCAGGCACUCCUAACCAGUUUGCUCAUCCCCCCCUUAAUAGCAUACCCUCAUUGGGGCUUGGUCAGCCCCAGGCUCAAGGACUUAAACCCGGGGCUAAAAGAACUGUGAUGCAGCGAGCCAAGCUUGCUGACAGCGAAGGCCAGCAGGUGCCGCAAAAAGUCAGAGUGGUCAAACUUUCAGGCGGGCCUGGAAAGGGACCGGAGGCCGUGAACAUCCCAAUACAGCAUCAGCAACAAGGUGCCUGGUCAGAAAACCCUCUGAAGCAGGGCAUCCAAAGGAAUAUCACCAUGGGCGGACAGCAGGCGAGUCGAGGGGGCAUACAGCAGACAAGCCAAGGAGUCAUGGGCCACCUGCAGCAGAACAGGGUUGUGGUAUCUGGGCAGGGCCGAGGUAGAGGGGGUGCUCACAUGGGUCGCGGAGGUCCCAUUGCUGCCCGACAAGGCCAAAAGGUCACAGAAAAUCAGCGGCGUACUGUUACUAUCGAGGGCCUCUCUUCAUCCACCAGUGAUGUGCGGCUGCAGAGUCUAUUGAGAUCCAUCGGCCCCAUAGAGACGUUCAGAAUGAUACCUCAGCAAAGGAAAGCAAUUGCCACCUUUUCAAGUCCCCAGCACGCAGCAAGCUUUCAAAUGAGCUUCCAUAGACACAUGAUUGAUUUGUCCCACAUUGACGUGAAGCUGAUUGACGGAUGAGGAGCAACGCUAAUGAGAGGAGGUCCACUUUUCUUUCCCCCAUGUGGCGGCCCUCCCCUUCACACCUCCAGCCUCGUGUAGGACACUUUGCCUCCACUCUUUCGGGGUCAGUCAGCCAUCCUUUGCGCACGGAGGCAUCCAUCUCCGACUUUUACCAACAAUAGGACGGUGACUAGGAGCAUGUUCAGCAACCCUAACAAUGUGCAAAGUAGACAAACCACACUUUUAGUCUUGUUUGUGUGCAAUGACUCCGUACGUCACACAUGGACACAAAGUAUGCCUUCUUGUGGGAUAAUGGUUGCUCCCCUCCUAAAGUCUACGUACUUUAAAACGGCAUUGGAUUCUAUUGAAGCGUGUUUCGCCGGCAGGCAGAUGUUGUAGUUGUCCGUAUUUCUCUGUAGAGGGCAGCAUAUCAUCACGUAUGCCGAAGCCAGUGUUUUGUGGUACACAGCGCUCCCUAGUGGAUAACUAGGAGCACUGGGCUUGAAGGAGAAUUGUCUGGCAUGUGGUGCUUUUUGCCUUUGUCAUGGUUCUGUUGGUUGAAUUAGGGAGAUAGAAUAGGUUUGCAACUACUGUUGAUGGCUUUUAACUGACUUUAAAUACAGCUUUACAGAUUGCAAACAUAUUGCCAAGUCUAUUUUAUUUGUCUGAUAAAGGAACAGUUGGAAUUAGAAUUUUUAAUAAGAUGCUGUGUAUUUUUGGUUUUGGGCUGAGGAUUAUUCUUUAUGUUUUUAUGAUUUUAGGAUGCAUACAAAGAAACGGAUAAAGGAAUUCUUGUCGCUUUAGGCCAUCAAGUCUACAUUGGAUUGAUCCUCUUCAAUUAGCCCCAAGUUCCGAGCCGUUUGCCUGUCUUUUCGGAAUAUUGCCAGUAACUUAAACUCCAUCGGGAUGCUCGAUGGCUCCUCACGUCAACUUGACACCUUUUAAUUUGCUCUAAAAAUACUGUCCGGCCACAACUGCAAACCAAAUGACAUUUUUUAACACUAUUGGGAAACAAGUCACAUUGAUACCGCAUUCAACCUCAGUUUUGUUGCACUGUUAUAUGGAAGGUGAGGGGGCAACCAUUAUCUGUGUGGAAAUGUUGUACAUAGUCACUGUUUACCCCACCACAAACCUUUGUUUGGAGCUGUAACAUUUUUAUUAUAUGAGCAAAAGGUCCAGGCAGAAAUUAAUUUCACUAUGAGUUUGUGUCUGAUGUAGAGGCCAAAGUGGCAGACAAAAACUGACUGGACCAUAUUUGUGUUGACGAGACGGAACAUCUUGAGGGAAAAUAAAAAAGAUGGCCAAUAUAGCCGUGAGCCAGCGGGUAUGUGAAGCCUGUUGAACUGUAGCCCAAAGACGUGUCACUGUGUGUGAUGUUCAUUUUACAUAUUGUCCUUUUAACACAACACUCAUUCAGAAGGAGGAGGAUGCUACAAAGCCUCAACCCCCCCAAAAAUAUUGCAAAGAUUCAGUAGAUCUGCUUUUUGCUUCUUUUGUACGUUAACACAGGAAGCAGCGUCAAAGUGGGUGGCAACCUUCCUCUGCGUUUCUUUCGAGUGUGAUACCUCCACCCAUGUACUGUAAAUGAUGCCGCAGGAUCCACGUCCUUGAUGAAUGCUUUCUUGUUGUCGUUUUGACAAUUCCUGUGUCAACGUACUUGAUGUAGCAAAAGCGCUGAUUGGCCUUUACAUGUACCGCCAUGUCCCUUGCAUCAACGCACGUGUAGUUGCACAGGGUGAAGGACAUGCAUCACAAUGACACGAUUGUUGUGCACGUGAAAACUCCUUUUGUAUGUUGUCCAUUUGUCAUCAGUCCACUUGACCUUUUUAAUAUAUCUAUUUUCUAUUCCGUUUGUUUUACGUUGAACAGACAGCACGAGUGUUCAGUGUUUGUGGGUCUAAAUCCAGUGGAUUUUUUAUUGUUUUAUUUUUUAAUGUAGUACUGACAGUGCCAGUUGCCAUGAUAUAAUAAUAUAAGACAUAUGCUCUUGUAAUGCCACAACAGAUUCAUAUUGAAUCUAUUUGUACCUUUCUUUGUGGAGGGCUUUUCUACAUAAUAUGCACUUUGUUUUCUCUCUGUCACUUUAGAGACCAAUUCUACCUCGUUGGGUUUAUUAACCAAUGUUAUUUGGCUUUGUUUGCACUGCAUUUGUGGCUCUAAACAUUUUAAUACUAAACUGACUUGAUUUUUUUGCAGGGGCGUUUGAUGAUCUGGAAGCAUUUUGCGGAAAUAAUGUCUUUUUUUCUUCUUCAGGUUGCUUCCCCUUGGAGUCCAGGUGGACCUCUACUUAUUAAUGCAUGUUUAUUUUUGAAGAACACAUCACUGCAACAUUCAUCUGAAACAUUGAUUGAUUUACAUAACCGUUGUCCCCCAAAAAUAAUAAUGUUCAAGUAUUGAUGAGGCAAAAACAUCAUUUUAGUCUUAAAUUUUAGCACUAAUAAUUUGUUCCCUUUAUUCCUGACUUUACUGAAAAUAACACUUGAUAUUUGGCUUUUAAAAGACCAGAUUGAUUCCAUUUAAGAGCUGUAAUGACCGCCAGUCGCCACAGGUGUCGCCAUUAACACGUCAACAUCCUCCCCACAGCCUCCUUGGAGUUGGUGCAGUUCUUGUGUGUGAAUGAAUGUGUGUUCAAUGUGUGUGUGCCACUGUGUAACACUCACUGUUCCAAUACAGCCGUGCCGCAUUGGACCUCGGAGGGGCCUGACUUUGUCCUUCUUGAUUCUUUCACUGCUCCGCUUUCUUUCUCACACCUUGUCCUUCACGCUGGCCUUGUUCAUUAAGCAGGGCGGCCCUCCCGGAUCACCACUGGAUGGAGUAAGACGCUGUCACAGACUCCCUUUACGUACUUUUUUUGACUUUUUUGUGGAAAAAGACACUUCACUCACUUUGUGGGAAGUUCAACUUGUUGUUGACCAAAGCAUCUUGUCAUGUGUGUUGAAACUAUGAUGUAUGACAGUAUGACAUGACCUCUGUGUGUUUACAAGACCUCACCGAUCAGUGCUGGAUGUACUAAAUUGUCUUGGUUUUUUUUCCAAAGACAUGUUUCAACAAGAUUGUUCAUAUUUACAUCGCAAAGUGAACAAAAUUAUAAUAAAAAAAAAGUCUGAACGUU